GCGACGUGUCAAUCAUGGCUGCCGAUAUAACAUUAUUAUUCAAAGCGAGCGUGAAAACGGUGAAAACGAGGAAUAAAGCGCUGGGUCUGAUCGAUUCAUCUAGCAGAGACGCGACCGGAGGAGCGAAGACACCGACACCGAGACCGAGAGACAGAGACAGCUUCGGCGGGAGAACCAGAGAAGUGAUCUCGAACAUCUCGAAGCUGAAGGACUUCCUGCUGCAGCACAGGAAGGAGUAUGUGAUCGCCGCGGGUGUGAUGUGUUCGGACGUGUCUCGUAUGACGGACAGUGAGAGAGAUCAGAUUGACCAGGAUGCACAGAUCUUCAUGAGGACCUGCGCAGACGCCAUCGGCCAGCUGCGAUCUGACAUGGGCAAACAGGUGGUCUCAGCACAGGUGAGGGAUCAUCGUGCAGCAGUGCUGGAUCUGAUCGAGGCGUAUCUCAGAGGUGUGUGUAAGCUGUAUUCUGAACAGAGAGCUGUACGUGUGAAGAGAGUCGUGGACAAAAAGAGAUUGUAAGUAUAACACACGCACGCGCUCACUCAGACACACACACACACACACACACACAUGAAAAACAUCACUGUAAACACACAUCAUCAUGUCAUUCCU